AUGCGUACUAAAUUGGACAAUAGAAUAAGAGCUUUGAUCGAAAAUGGUGUAGCGAGUGGUCACCGAACACUUUUCGCGAUAGUUGGAGACAAAGGACGCGACCAGGUUUAUAUUUUUCUUUGAUUUCAAAAGUUAUGAUAGAUUUCUUUAGCUAGUAUCAAAAUACCAUCAUAUUUCCAGGUUCCCAUCCUUCACCACAUCGUUUCAAAGUCUUCUGUCGCAGCGAGACCCUCGGUGCUAUGGUGUUACAAAAAAGAACUGGGGUUUUCUUCGCAUCGGAAAAAGAGAAUGCGCGAAUUCAAAAGGAAAUCCGCCGUCUCCAACUCGAUGAAUGUUGGUUUUUUGCGAAAUAUCAUAUCUCAAGUCAUCCUUUUUUGAGGACGCUGAUCCGUUCGAAGUUUUCGUCUCUACAACUAGAAUUCGUUAUUGUUAUUACAACGAAACGCACACGAUCCUUGGAAAUACAUUUGGAAUGCUCGUUCUUCAGGUGAGUAAUCGCUUUUGGAAGUCGGAAAAAGGUAUUGAAAUCAGCGUGGAAUUUCUUCUUGAAACUCAAAAAAAAAAUAGAAAUGAAGAUUUUGAACUUAUGUACAUUAAUAAUUUUGACAGGACUUCGAGGCGCUCACACCGAAUCUUCUGGCGAGGACUAUCGAGACAGUGGAAGGCGGUGGGAUAGUCGUCCUUUUGCUCCAGUCGGUCAACUCGCUUCGUCAACUCUUCACAAUGACCAUGGUCCGUAGAAACCUUUUUUUCAUAGUAGGAAAAAACUUUUGAUAUGGAAAUGUUGUUAUAAUGGCAGCAAUAAGUCGGUCAGAAAGUUCCAAAACUUUUCUUUGUAUUUAUAUUUACAGAGAAGUCAUGUUGGAAGCUUUAUUUUUAAGUUUUGUUAUAAUUCUUAAAAAAAAAACAAGUAAAAGUUUCGAAGCCUUCAUUAACUUAUUUGUAAGCCAUUUUCAGAGUUUCUAAAAUACUGUUUUUGUCGAUUUGCAUCCGUUUUUUACCAUUAAAGGACGAAAUUUUCAAAACUGCAACUUAUAUGAUCAUUUUCAACAUGGGGGGUUCUAGGACGUUCACAGUCGCUACCGGACGGAAGCGCGACAAGACGUCGCGGCGCGAUUCAACGAGCGAUUCAUCUUGUCGCUGGCGAGCAGUCCUGCGAUCGCCGUCCUCGACGACCAGCUUCGUGUUCUGCCCAUCUCCUCCAACAUUUCUCGCGUCCAGCCAAUCGCAUCUAACCUGAAGGUUGGAUUUGAAAAUUUUUUUGAGAAAAAAAAAAUAGUUAUAAUAGAGAUCGAUAUUAUGUAAAGUUUUAAUGGAUAAAAUUUCAGCGAUCUAGAUUUAAGAAUAGGAAAACCACAUUUCUGAAAAAAAAGCGCUUUUUGAUUUGUGUAACUCUGCUACUGGUAUGGGAGUUUUUAAGGGUAUACUUUUUGCUAGAUCCAGCUUGCCCUGGAAAAUGGCACAAGGGAAACCCUCAUAAAAAUAUUCUUUGCUGAAAAUUUUUGCUCAUUUUUUUUAUUUCUAAUCGCCUGAACGUUCCUAUCAUAAAUUCCUGUUUUCGAUUUCACCAGCAAGAGAUCUUGAAAAAGCUCUUUGAAUUGCGGAAAAAUGAAAAGAACGGUUCCAGAACAAAGUGACGGCGUCGGAGAGCGAACUGCUCGGUCUGAAAGAGGCGAUGAAGGAUACGAAGCCCAUCGGGCAGCUCCUCAACAAGUGCCGGACGGCCUGCCAGGCAAAAGCUCUCCUCAGGUUAAAAUAUUGUCCUUUUUGUUGUCUUCUUUUUUUCUAUGUUCUCUUCUUGUACCUACCUGUCAUUUUCAUCAUCACUUUCAGGUAUAUGGACGCAAUCACGGAGAAGAACAAUAACGUGACGUGUUCUCUGACCGCAGCUCGUGGUCGAGGAAAAUCUGCUUCUUUAGGUUUGAAAUUGAUCAUUUCUCUUCGUCUUCUUAUCAUGUCAGUUUGAAAAAAAAAAUCAGAAAUUUUUUUUUUUUUGGUAGUAAAUUAGAUAAAAUAGGUAGGCCAAGCGUUGCUGAAGACUUCAUUGUGAUUUUAUUUUAUUUAUUUAUUUUUUGAAGUUCAAUGAAUUUUUUUUUGUUUGAAAUCAGGAGAAUAUCGUUUGAUAUGAUAGAAAACUUGUCGCAGCAAGAAAUAUCAGUCACCAAAUUCGAAAAAAAGGUUGAUUUUCUAAUAGUUUCAAGCUCCUUAUUUCUUCCAAUUUUUCUUUUUUUCUCUUUUAUUUCUGCAGUUUUUUUUUGGUUUUUGCAUUUCCUGUUGUCAGGUGUAUAAUAGCUCUGCAGUUUUGAACUUAAGAAUCCCUUGAAAAGCUUGAAAAUCAAAGUCUUACCGCGGAAACUUCUGAUUCUCCAAGAUUUAGUUAUAUUUUUCAUUCUCUGACGGCUAUUUCGAUUUUCUCGGGACCAUUUUCAGCAAGGCAAUACAUUUCAAACAAGAUUAAACGAUAAUAUUUGAGUUCUUGUGUAGCAAAUAGAUGUAUUUGAAAUGAUUGCACUUCUAAAUGAUCCUAAAACAUAGCUUUCUAAGGCCUUGCGCUCGCUGGAGCGAUCGCUUUCGGCUACACGAACAUUUUUGUGACUUCGCCGACGCCUGAAAAUUUGAGGACCCUUUUCGAAUUUGUCGUCAAAGGUCUUGAAGCGCUCGAUUAUCAGGUUUUUUUUUCACGUUUAAAGCUGAAAUUUUGAAUUAAUACUUUUUUUAAUAUGUAAAUUCUGUGAGAAAUACUUUAAGAGAAAGGGAAUCUGAUAAAAAAGGCUUUUCUGUUUUCUUUUGCCAAAAACUUCUCCUUGCAGGAGCACACCGACUACGACCUGGUUCAGUCGUUGAACCCGGAUUUUCGCAAGGCCUUGGUUCGUGUCAACGUCUUCCGCGAGCAUCGACAGUGCAUUCAGGCAAGUUUCCGAGAGUUCAUCCAGUUUUUAUGAUUUCUUUAAUUGAAAGAAUCUUUUUAUGUUUCUAAACACAAUCCUUUGACCUCAGGGUCACAACAGUCUUUUUGCUCAAAUUCGUGAAAACAUUUGAUUUUCACGAACUGUGAUCACAUACAAUAGCCAUCUCUUAAAUCGAGAAGAAGUAACGGUUCAAAAAAGUUGUGUCCGCAUAUACCAUAAUGGACUAUCAUUUUGAGCAAAGUUUUUAUCGAAAUUAAAGUUUAUUUUUCUGUCGCGAUUUUUUUGUACUUGUUCCUGAUUCCUGAAAAUACAAAAAAAUAAAUCAACGGCAACAAAGGAAAAAAAUUUUUAGAACCUAGCUAUUUUUGGCGGAAUAUUGUUUCAGAUGCUUCAAUUUCUGGAGAUUUUUUAAAUAAAUUUCAAAGGGAAAUUUUUUUUUGAAAUGUGUUUUUCUUUAGUUUGAAAGGCUCAUCAAUCGAGAAAAAUGUUUACUUUGAAAAAUAGAGAAAGACUUUCAGUACAUACAGCCGCACGAUUCUGCCAGAUUGAGCCAAGCCGAGCUGGUCGUCGUCGAUGAAGCCGCGGCGAUUCCCUUGCCCCUCGUCAAAGACCUCAUCUCAGGUUUCCAUUUUGUUUCGACAUUGUUUGGAGCUUGGUUGAAAAUUUUAUUAUUUUUUUCCCUUGAUAGAUUUCUUUUCGGUUUUUGCUUCGUUAGUUAAAAAAAAAAAUAAAACAUAGAAUUUUGAUGGAAAACAAAAUCUCGAUUCAGGUCCCUACUUGGUCUUCCUUGCCUCGACGAUCAACGGAUAUGAAGGUACCGGUCGCAGUUUGUCGCUCAAAUUGCUCAGCCAGCUCCGACAGCAAUCGAUUGGUUCCAAAAAAGGAGAAAAGUCAGCCGCCAGCAAAGGUGCGAAUUUGCUCUUCGGCACUCUUUUUUCAUUUCUCGAUUACAGGCCGCGUCUUACACGAGAUAACCAUGGAAGAGAGUAUUCGUUACAAGCCUGAAGACGAGGUAUUUGGGUUAUUAAAAAAAAAGUUGUAAUCGUGCGAAUCGUGCGGCUGUAUGUACUGAAAGUCUUUCUCUAUUUUUCAGCAAAAAACUUGAAUAUAUUUCAAUAUUGUUAUAUUUCAAGUUUUUCCCAUCUUACCGUGAAAAGAAAUUGCUUUAACGAUAGUUUGAAAAAAAAUUAGAGUUUGAAAAAAUUUGAAUCAUGUUUUUCUCUUUAUUUUUUCACUUGGAAAUAACAUUUUUACAGGUCACCUCGAUAGUUUUCCUUUUCCUGUUGUUAGGACUAGAAUAUUAGGCCUUUUUUCAUUUUUCAUUCCGUUUCUUUCAAACAAAUUACUACCCGGUAAUGCGGUCCGGACGUGUCCGGGCAUUUAUAGUGACCACUUCAGUGGCAUUGGCACUCUUAAGGGAUCCCUAGAACUUUUCAAAACCGUCCGGUUUUCGAUACCGAGGUCCGCGUAGGAGGAAACAAGAAAUAAGUCGUUAUCUGUAGAGCGCAUAUGAUCUAGGCUCCUUGAACUGUUUUUUUUUAUUAUCCGGAAGCUCUGCUCGAGAAGUCUUCGUUUUUGCAAAAACUGAAAGUUCGUAGAUGCGUAAUCAGAAUAUUACCGAUCCAAGCUUAUUAAUUCAAUUGGAAAUUGGGAAAUGCUCAGGUGGAGAAAUGGCUGAACCGGGUUUUGUGCCUCGACGCCACCGGAACUUCCCUCAAGCUGACGUGUGGCGCUCCGCCUCCCAACGACUGCGAACUGUAAGAAUUUUAGAAUUCUAGUCUCUAGACACGAACAUUCAACCGAACUACCAAUUCUAAAAUUAAACAUGUUCAAUUUCCAACAUUUUAUCUUGUACUCGAUGUCUGAAAAUUGCCUAUUAUAACGGAUUUCGUCGGGGUUUUUCUAACUUCUAGACCUGUUUUCUCGAAAAUUAGGAAAUUGUGCAGGUUAGGAUGAUUUUCAGAAGGUACAUCAAAAAUUUUUCUAGUAAAUUUUCUGAAAAUUCUCGACCGUGCGGUGAAAUUAUCGGACUUUGAACUAUUCAGGCUUCUUCAAAGUUUUCAAAUAACUCAAAAUAAUUCAAAAUAAUGAACAAGCGCUUAUUUGAAAAUUCGAUUUUGACGACUGCAGUAAAAAACAAUUUCCGUCCUGCGACUUAACUUUUUUUUCUAACAUCAGCUACUUUGUCAACCGCGACACGCUGUUCUCGUUCCACACGGCCUCCGAAAACUUCCUACAACAGCUCAUGGCGAUCUACGUCUCGGCCCACUACAAAAACAGUCCCAACGAUUUGCAAGUCUGUUCGAGAAGCCAAGAUUUUUUCAAAGAGAAGGAGUUCAGAUGCUCAGCGACGCCCCCUCGCACAAUUUGUUCGUUUUGAUGGCGCCCGUGGACAAGAAGGUCUCCUCGAUUCCAGAGGUUUGCUUCCAUCUACAGAAUAAGAAUUUGUGGAAUUUUACUCUUCUAGGAACGCUUUUUCAAGCUUAACCUGUCAAAAUCUUUUUUUGGAUUGUAGAGAAAAAAAUAGGGUUGAAAAAACUUCUGUUGUCACUCACUUUCUUACUUUAUGACAAUGACAUCUCUGAAGUUCAUGACCUAUUUUAAGAAUUUUGUCUAGAAUAAAAAAUUUAAAAAUCCUCGAAAUGCUCCGUCAUGUCAGGAUUGUGCAUUUUUCAAAGAUUCAAUGACGUCAUUCCGAGAAUUUGCUUAUUUUUUUUUAUCAUGAAUAAGAUUGCACGGUUAUUUUCGAAAAGUGGAAGAUUAUAAUUUUUUAAAAACCCUUUUUGAAUAAUUUCUGUUUUGUUCAAGUUUCUUUCAUCGCUGACUGAAGAUAGCACUUGUGGAAGGUCUUGAAAGGAUCAGCAAAAAAGUGAGCCCCAAUUUGAGUUUUCAACAUCUUUCUAUCAUUUUUCCUAGCUAGCGGUGAUUAGAAAACAAUAAAACUUGCGAUAUAUGCUCCUGACUACUAUAUGUAAUUUUGUGACCAAUUUAAGGUUUUGGCUAUUGUGCAAGUUUGCAUCGAAGGCGAACUGAGCAGCGAAACAGUCUCCGAUGGUUUGGCGAAGGGAAAAAGAGCGGCCGGCGACCUUCUUCCGUGGACCAUUUCUCAGCAGUUUUUGGUUAUCUUAGUCUUCGAUUCCAUCUCGAAAAACUGUCUUUUCAGGACUCUGAUUUUUCGACAAUGUGUGGAGGCAGAAUCGUCCGCAUUGCGGUUCAUCCAGAUUAUCAGGUAAUUGAGUUGUUGAAAGGAGUUUUGGAGUUUUCGAAUAUUUAAUUUUAUUCUUUCAAUCGCAGAAAGUUGAGCCUAGUUUAUGAAGUCAUCAGUAUAAUCCCCAAAAAAAAUUAGUCACAGCAGUUUCUAAAAAGGAAAAAAUAGUUAAAAGUCGUUUAUUAUAGGCUGACUGUGUAUCGAAUUGUUGAAAAAUUAGAGAAAACGGAACAAAAACUAAAAAAGAAAUCGUGCAGAACAUGGGCUAUGGAAGCAAGGCUCUGGAACUGCUGGAAAUGUACUAUUUGGGACGAGUGAGAAGUUUGGACGAAGAUGAUCCGACGACGACGAAAACGGCGGCACGACGUGAAACGGCUGAAUCUAUUAAGGUGGGGUGAAUGUCUUUGUCGAGAUUUUAGUUAAAAAAAAACGAAAGGAAAUAGUAAAUUUCUCAAAGAAACUUAGGAGAAAAUAAUUUAAAAGAAAAAAAAUUGAAAAACGUGGCCGGAAUUUUUUUAAAUGCAAACGCGCUUCGCUACUGCGCGCAUCGGAAUAUCGGAAUGUCGUUCGGUGAAAUUGCAAGUCGUAGCAGUCAGACUUUACAAGGAGAGAAUUUUCUAGCGUCAAUUUAGGAAAUACAUGAAUUUUUGCGUGAACCUUCUUUCAGUUGUUGUGAAAUCCUAUCACAAAAGUUUCGCCGUAACUUGAUUAAAUUACAAAAAUGAUGAAUAAUAUUUUUUUUUGAAAUCCGGUGACCCUAAUGUUUGCAAAGUUUCACUUAAAUUUCAUCCCUUAAUCAGAAAAAAAUAUAUUAAAACUUCCCGGAUAGAUAACUGUUCAUAGCCAAUUUCAACUUUUAGAACACACCGGAAAUUUUUUUUUUUUGAACUUGUCCCCAAAAAAAUGAACUUAUUCAGGAUGGUCAAACAGUUGAGCUUCUGGAGGAGCGGAUCGAACCAAGGUCCGGCUUGCCUCCGCUUCUGCUCAGACUCCAAGAGAGAUGUCCCGAAAAGCUGGACUAUUUGGGUAGAACUCACCUGCGUUCUCUUUCAUUUCAAGUCUUUUGCAGGCGUUUCUUUUGGUCUCACCCUGCCCCUGCUGAAAUUCUGGAAACGAGCUGAGUUUGUGCCGGUUUACCUGCGCCAGAACCCGAAUGAACUUACCGGCGAAUACACCUGCAUAAUGCUGAAAGGAGUGGAUCAAGGAGAGGAAAGUCCAGGUAAGAGAAAAAUGAAAAAAAUUAAAGUUCUAAAGUUUCAGAAGUAGCGACUUGGUUGGGAUCUUACUGGAGCGAGUUCCGACGAAGGCUCGUCCAGCUUCUCUCCUUCGAGUUUCGGUCUUUCUCAGCCCAACUCGCCCUUUCUUUGCUCCAGUUGAAAAGCAAACGUGUUAGCGGAUCGUCACUCCCAAAUGGUUCUUUUUCUAAUUAUUUUUAAAUUAAAUUAGAGUUACUUGAGUUUUUUUGAACAGGGCAUUUGAAAUGCUUAGAAGGGAAUUUCAAGCCCAAGUUUUGAUUGAACUUGAGAGGAGUGUACUUUAGGACCUACUAAAAACACGUUUUCAGGAAGUUUCUCGCUCCAAAAUUAAGAUAAUGUUACUUAAAAUUCAGUUAAGUUUUAUAAAAAAUGCUGCCGCGGCUAAAAAAAACAGUACAGGAAGUUUUUGCCCUCUAAGAACAAGAAAACCCCUUUGAUUCAAUAUAAAGUUAUGCUAAACCUGUAAAGUUUUAGUUUUUUUAAUUUUAUGACAACUUAUGUUUUAUUUGAAACAUCGAUCAAGUGACCAAAAGCUUCGUAUCACCAGAAAUUAUGAAAGUUUAACUUUAAAAUCAAAAGCCCCAAAAUUAGAAACUGAGUGCGGCCUAAAAUUCUAGAAAAAUGAAAGGCUCGACAAAGGGACUUCUUUUGGUGCCUUUUCUGAGCCCUUUCCCUUUUAGCGUCCAUUAUCCACCCUUGACUUUGCCCGAGUUAUGAAGAAGUUUCAGAAGUGAGCAGAGAGGAGCUCUCCCUGUGGCUGAGCAACACGGAUCUGCGCCGUCUGGCCAUGUUCGGCCGCAACAUGCUCGACGUCCAGAUCACCAUGGACCUUCUGCCGCGCGUCGCCAGCCUCUACUUUGAGCAACGACUUCCCGCCACGGUAUCUGACCCAAAAAAUUUAAAACCAAUCGUUCAAGCUCACGAAAAAUGUUCAUAACAGCGAUUCCUGUCAGCAUGGUAUCAAAAGGCCAAAUUUGAGUGGAACUUAAUAAGUUCACGAAACUGAAAUUUCCCGAAUCGGACAACAUAGUAACUGUCUUGAAAAGAAAACUUGAUUUUAAAUAAAAUAAUGAAACUGCAAAUAUUGAUAUCGCCAAAUUUUAUUCUGGCCUGUGGCGCCUUCAGAGAAACUUAGUCUCAAUCAAACCCCUUUUUUGCCAGCUAUGAAUUGAUGUUAAUCAAAAUCAUAAUUAUUCCAUAUUUUUCUUCUUUUAUCAAUAUAUAUUCAAAAAAAGUUUAUUCUUGACAAGAUAGUGGGCAAGUAUAAGUUUUUUUCUGUAAUAAUUAUUUUUUUCAACUUUUUUUCUCCCUCUUCGACUUUUUGACUUCAAAAAAACAUUGAACCUUUUUCUUUUUUUGAACGUGACAGAAAGUGGACAUUGAGGAUGAGAGAAAUAAUAAUUACCGAUUUUCAUAAUUUAAUUAUUGGGUGAGUUGAGUUGAGCUCACCUAUGGAUAAAAAAACACGGGCACGCGAUGUUGAAUUUCAAAAAAAUUGGUACCUUUGAAAAGACCGCGUCGCUUUUGUAAUUAUAGUUUUGACAAAAAUUUUAUUUGCAAAAGUUAUUUCAAUAGUAUAAUUAUUUAUUUAGAGCGCGAAUCCAUUAUUUAUAAAUAGAGUUUUUUUCAUGGUAUACUUUCAGUUAAAAAAUUUCAAUCCAAAUUCCAGGUAAAAUCUGGGGAGUUUUUUUUUUUUCAAACUGAUGAUUUUGAGAGUUUUACCCUGACUAUCACCUUUUUUGGUUAUUUGUAUUGUUCAGCAAAAACUUGCCGUUGCACAAUCAGCGAUUCUCCUUGCGGUCGGCCUUCAAAAGAAAUCUUUUGAAAGCGUCGCAUCAGAGUUGGAUAUUCCUUUGAACCAGGUGAUUUAGGAAUUCGAAUUAAAAAAAAUACUUUUUUGAUCAGAUUUUCGCGCUUCAUACGAAAGCGAUUCGUAAAUUGGCCGACACUUUUGAUGAAAUCUGUCAAGUUUCCAUCCGGUACGUUUGCGGACCCCUCGAAAUUCUGAUGAGAAGUCUUUCAGGAAAGAUCUCGAGGAGAAGGAAGCGGCCAUCGCGGCGACGAAGGCCGAAAAUGGCGGCUCAGACUUGAAGCCACUUUCUGUGAGCCUCGAGGUAGGUCUGAAAAUCGAUCUUUGAACAUGCGUAACAAGGGAAAAAAUCAAUAAGUCCUUUUACUGGUUAGAGGAUAACUUACGAAAAAUUUGAAAAAUAAGAAAUAUUAUUAACUUUCAUCCUCAUCUAUCUAGGUAGAUUUGAAAGAAAAAUUAAAUUAAUUUUUGCCUGUGCGGUUGUACUGAUUUUAUUUACUUAUACUCGAAAGGAGGUGAUGACAGCAUAUUGAAAAAGACAUUGGCUCUGAAAAAAAACAUUGAGAAAAAUUUUUAAAAACGUGAAAAAAACCUAGUUUUCAAUAUUCUUGCAACUUAAAUUACUGUCCACGAAACUAAAGGAAAAGGUCAAAAAUUUAGGAUUAAGGAAAUAAAGCGGCUCACGUGACGUCUUAAAAUAAAAUUCCAACGCAAACCGCGUUUUUUUAAAAUAUUUUUUGGGACGAAAUAAGAAUAGAUCAAACAUCGUGCUUUUGAAAGAAGCUGGAUGGUGGACAUUUUUUUCAAAAAAAAGUUAGAAAGUUGGAACAUUUUUUUACGGGACAGUUACCUUGUUUCAGAGACAUGCUUUGUGCAUGCAUUUAGAAAGAAAAAAAAAUGAGAUUUUCAUUAUUUUGAAAAAAGGGGUGUUUUAGGAUGAGUUGGAGUCUGCAGCGACGGAAAUCCGAAAACGACAAGAACGCGAUCGGAAAACGCUCCUAGCUGAGCUCGGAAGGGACUUGAAGAAGUACGAGAUCUCAGCGGAGCAGAAAGAUCUGGAAGAAGUAGGGUCGCUUCUCCUCCGGAGAGUAUAAGUGGAAGUUCUAGGCUUUUGACAACGGAGGCAUGAAGUUCGCCGGAACCAUCGCUGUCAAAAACAAAAGGUCGACUUUCUUUUUCCAAUUCUCAAGUCUGAUCUUUACUUCAGACCGCACAAUCAAGUGGAAAUCCCCGACGAAAAAUCAGGAGAGAAGAAGAAGAAGAAGAAAUUGAAACGAUAA